AUGCAAAUCAGGAACAUUAUCCUCGCUGCCUCGGCCACCGCCGUCACUUUGGCCGCUCCUGCUACUCCGUCCGAGACCUUUGGUGUUGUCGCCAUUCACUCUGGCAGUGGUGUCCAGUACUCUGCCUUCAAUGCCGCUAAGGGCAGCAUCCUCGCUGGCCUGGACAUGGAGGAUGCCACAUUCUACAUUAUCGACGGUGUCCUGUACCUUUACGACAAGUCCACUGCCGCAGCCGAGGAAAUCUACGUUGACCGCUCUGGCAUGGGCCAGGGCCUCAUCGGAUACACCACUGGCAUUCAGGGUGCACCCAAGAACGGCGAGCGCGAGGGCUGGGCUGUCAACGAUAAUCACCUCCAGUUCAUGGGCAAUGACCUGAUAGCCUGCCCCAAUAGCAUUGACGGUGCCUGGAGCAUCUGGGCGUCUGCCGGUGUUGCUAACCCUGCUGGCAACACAGACUGUGUCGGCAUUGCUGCUCGUGUUGAGUACACCUCCAACCCAACGGCUGCCUCUACACAGUAA